AAAUGUCGGUACAACGCGCGCCCAAUCUCACCUUUCUUCCAGGCUGUGACUGGAACCUUGACGCAGUAUUUGCACGUUAGUCAGUGAACCUUUUCGCAGCUAACACCUCGAUCAGUCGCGACGAAUAGCUUCCGUUCGCACAUUUCUUCUCUUUUCAGUCGUUAGUUGUUCUGGGCUUUGUAUUUCAACCUUCUAACAUGCCGAUUCAGGAACAGUUCUAAACUUCGUUGCUGCGUUCUCCGCGACGGUGUCUGUACCAGUCCGGUAGCUAGAAUGACAGAGUUCUUUACCGGUUUUCCGUCUGAACCAUGGCUUCCGUCGUCUUUAAUCAUAGCCAUCGUCCUUGAUCAGUGGAUUCCAGUCAUCGCAAUUACUGCAUAAGUUUACACGUCUGGCACGUCUAGAGUUCAGCUAGUAGCUCCCACGAGCCUCGGAUAGUUUUCCGUCCCGCCGUUUCGCCCAUCGGCUUACGAGAUUCUACUCAUGGCACGUGCAACGCUUCGAAAUUCAAACAUAGCAGUAACAGUACUCGCCGUGGUCCUUCUCCUUUCCACCUCCAUCAUCUGUGCGUCGUCAGAAAAUGUCUCGUCGCCUUCAUCCACCUUCACACUGAAGCCUGAUGGGCUAUCUUGCGAAAAAGGAACACUAGUAGGAGGAGUCUCAACAGAGGAGGACCGAAUUCAACAUGGAGAUAAGCUCUUCAGGCAAGAAGACAUGCUGACUUUCGCCGCUGUGAGUAGAAGAGCGGAAGGUGUGAAAAUAGCAGGCAACCAGCGGCAGACGGUAGUACAGCCGGCGACCAGAAAUGGAGUAGCGAACCACGUCGUUCGCACACUAAUCGAGCUGGCUCGUGGCUCGUUCACUCUCAUCCGUCGCCGACUGCAAUCACUUCAACCCAGCCGUCUGGUUCAGACUCUGGUUGCUGGCGUCGGUUCACCACGCGUCACUCCUCUGACCCCGUCCUCCCCCCUCCUCCCUUCGCCAAGUGUCCCUUUCACGUCAGCUGCCGCAACUGCCGCUGCUACGGCCGCUGCUACCGCCUUUGACGCAGGAGCCGGGUUCAAGCAGGGGCCCCUGCCCCCAUGGUCCACGGCGCGCAACACCCCUGCCAAUGCAACAUCACCCCCCAGCUCACCACGGGGGGCUCCAAAAGCUCCUCCCUCCAAACCUUCCACCGGCGCUGCCUCCAGUGCAACCACCCAGUCGCCCCCAGGGCGCCCCCUCCCUGAUUCAGCGGCAUCAGAGGCCACCGCCUCGUCGUCCCUUCCCUUCCUUGCCGGCGCCGUGAACGCCUUCAAAACGUCCAAGUCCGCAGCGAAGUCCCCGGCAAAGUCCCCAGCGAAGUCCCCGGCAAAGUCCCCAGCGAAGUCCCCGGCCGCACUGAAACCAACUCCGCCUCUUCCUGCUUCUCCCUCGCCAGCAAAGCCAACGAGUCCAGCAGCGGAUUCAGGUGGUGUCAGCAGCAGCCCGCCGUCAGGCUCGCGGGAUGGUGAUCCCGACGAUGAUUAUGGCGGCAGUGUCUCUGAGGUCAGCGGAGGGAACGGCACCAGUCUGCCUAGUGCCAGCAGCCCUUCCGGCCCACUCAAUUCUAGUGCGGCCAGUCCGCCAAAAGUGGUGAACCCACCUAAGAGCCCACUGAAGAGCCCAACGAAGAGCCCAAAGAAGAGCCCACCUAAAACCCCACUUAAGAGCCCACCAAAGAGCCCACUUAAGAGCCCACCUAAAAGUCCGCCUAAAAGUCUGCCUAACCCUGUCCCCAAGCCUCCCUCCAAAUCCCCCUCGUCCCCCCCAAAACCGUCGGCCAAUACUACAUCCCCGCCCGCUGCUGCUGCUCCUCCUGACACUCCUUCCCCCCCUCCCCCGUCAACCUCGGCCAAGCCAUCAAAAUCACCCAACCUCCCCAGCCCACCUCCUCCAAAGCCCACAUCUACCACCACCAAACCACCCAAAAGCUCUCCACCGCUCAAAAGCCCUCCGCCGCCCUCCAAGAGCCCUCCUCCUCCCACUCCUUCACCAUCCCCUUCCCCUCCCAAACCCCAGAAGUCUCCUCCUCCUCCAAAGUCCCCCCUUCCUCCAAAAUCUCCACCACCUCUCAAGCCUCUGAAAUCUCCCCCACCACCUAAGCCAGUGAAGUCCCCUCCUCCCACCAAACCCGCCAAACCUGUCAGCCCCCCUCCCCUCUCCCCUCCGCCCCCUUCCGCCAAACCCACUCCUGUACAGAACCCUCCCCCUCCCCCGCCUAAGGGGGAAGGGGGAAAUCCGCCAGGGGGGGUGGAGGCGGAGGAGGAGGAUGGGGACAGAGAAGGGGCCUGGACCUGGUAUGACUUGCCUCCUGCUGUGGCAUGGACCAGUAAGCCGGUGCCACCUGGCACCGGCGGUGUGUAUGACGUCAGGAGCUUUGGCGCCAAGGGUGAUGGGAAGAGCGACGAUGGGAGGGCGAUUGAAGCAGCAUUUGCUGCAGCAUGUGUAGCUUCCAUCAACAGCAGCACAGCAGCUGGGGCAGGAGGAGGAAAAGGGACAGGGACCACUGGCGUGCCAACGGUGCUGAUUCCGGGUAAAUACACCUUCCACAUCAAGGCAGUUUCUCUCCUUGGCCCCUGCGGUCCAGGCAUCAACGUGCAGCUGGACGGCAACAUCACAGUGCCUCAGAACCCGUCCCUCCACAUCGUUCCCAAGGCCGGCCCUUUCACCAUAAUGUACUUUAAGGGAAUUACCGGGCUCAAGGUGUAUGGGAGCGGGGUGGUGGACGGGAGGGGGCAGCAGUUCUGGGAGCGGAAGGGCAAGGGGGAUCGGCCCAUGAUGCUGUACUUCUUCCGCUGCAACCAGACUGUGCUGAGUGGCAUCACUCUUAAGAACGCGGCGUUCUUCCAUGUGCAGGUGUUCCGGUGCGCCAACAUGCGCAUCUUUGACUUCAGGACCGACUCGCCUGCCGACAGCAUGAACACGGACGGCAUCCACAUCUCCUCCUCCCUCAACAUCGACAUCCGCCGCUGCGUGCUCGCGGGGGGCGAUGACAACGUGUCCAUUUGGGACGGCGCUGUGGGCGUGACUGUAUCGAAUGUCACGUGCCUCACAGGCCACGGCAUCUCCAUUGGAGCCCUUGGAAGCGGCACCGUGUAUCCCGUUUCAUGCGUGUCCGACAUUUCGGUGAAGGACGUGCGCUUCAUCAACACCAAGAUCGGGCUGCGCAUCAAGACGUUCCAAGGCGGGUCUGGGAAGGCCACCAACAUCAUCUACGACGGAAUAACCAUGGAGAACGUGCGAUAUCCAAUAGUUCUAGAUCAGUUCUACUGUGGAGGCAGCCUCUAUUGUUAUGGCGAUGUGAAAACUAGCAACGUUGCCAUCACUAAUGUAACAUUCUCUAACAUCCAGGGCACGACUUUGGGACCUGAAGGGAUCAUCUUUAGGUGCAGCCGGACUGUGCCCUGCACUGACGUAUUAAUGGACGCAGUUAACAUAACUUCCCCUAACCCUGGUGCGUUGUUUCCAACGUCCCUCAAUGUAUACGGGACUGGCGGUCUGCACCAGUCAAUGCCGCCUGUGGUGUUGGGAUCCCUGCCUGGGAUCACUGAGAUAGCACGAAUACAACGCCAACUAGCGUCUUGUGUGGGUGUAACUGACUGGUAGACUCUGUAAAGAGACAUCCGUGCCACUAACCACGAGCGAUGUAUAGGCACAUAAGUUUAACCAAAUACAGUGUCACUAUUGGAACGUUGCAAAUAAUGG